AUGGUGCUAUCUAACGACAUCGAUCUGCUUCACCCUCCAGUGGAACUGGAGCAGCGCAAGCACAAGAUGAAGCGACUGGUGCCCACGCCCAACAGCUUCUUCAUGGACGUCAAGUGUCAAGGCUGUUUCAACAUCACGACUGUGUUCAGCCACUCGCAGACGGUGGUGCUCUGUGGCAGCUGCUCCACCGUGCUGUGUCAGCCCACCGGUGGCAAGGCCCGCCUCACAGAAGGCUGCUCCUUCCGCAGAAAGGGCGAUUGA